AGCAGGCAGGAAGGGGGUGGCUGGAAAUGUUUCAGCUAGAGAGUUAAGCAGACAGUCUUUUCCUCCACUGUCGUGGAAAGAAAAUCCCUGUCUAGGCAUGGGCCUGAGCACACAGCACUGAGAAGGGAAUGAAAAAUAUACACAUGGUGAUUAUCUUUAGACAGAAAGUAAUUAGAAGAAGUCGGACUACCGACACAGACUCUGUGGUGGAUGUUAGAGAGACUGAGGAGCUCCAGCACUGCAUGAGAUCACCAACAGAAAGUGCCUUUCAGACAACAUCUCCAACUUGAACCUGCUCUGUGGUCCAUAUGUGCAUGGAAAGCCAACGCUCCCUUUAAGGCCAGGUCUGAGCUGUGACAGGGGAUACCUCAGCUGCAAAUCUUCAGUAGCCUCCAAUUCAUUUCUGAACAACUCAAGUGACAAAGAAAUCCAAGAGGAAAGCAUUAUUGUGGAGAGGAGAACUGUCAAAGCACAAAGAGCUGACAAAUUAGAAGUUGGCAAAGUCAAUACCAAGCACAUCUUCGUUAAUAUUCUAUCAACGAGCUCCAUUGCCUUGAAAUACUAUUGUUGAGAGUGUUCUUGUCAGUGGAGGAGGAGAGACACUUGGGGGUGUCACAGAGCAAGCCCCUCAACCUUUUCAGAGGUCUGCCAUAGGUGCAAACUGAUUGAGUGAUUGAUCAUUAAUCGAUUAGCCUUCCUCCCAGCUUAUGAUGCGAGGGCCUGUCUAGUUGCUACAUAUGAUUUGAGAACUUUUCAAACACAAAUAAAACAGAGCCAAAAGUUGUGAACUUUUUUACGUGAGGCCAUUUUUUAUUUAGAGUCAACCGAUAUAUUGAACUUUCAGCGUUCAAUUGGAACCUCUUAACAUGGCUCUGAAUAUAUCUUCGAUAAGAGACACAAAAUGGCUGACAUUGGAAGUUUGUCGGCAGUUUCAGAGAGGAACUUGCUCACGGAGUGAUGAGGAAUGCAAAUUUGCACACCCACCAAAGAGCUGCCAGGUUGAAAACGGAAGAGUUAUUGCCUGCUUUGACUCGCUAAAGGGUCGAUGUUCAAGAGAAAACUGUAAGUACCUUCAUCCACCUUCGCAUUUAAAAACCCAGCUAGAGAUUAACGGACGCAACAACCUCAUCCAGCAGAAGACGGCAGCAGCCAUGCUGGCCCAGCAGAUGCACUUCAUGAUCCCAGGCACGAGCAUGCAGCCUGUAGUAAGUUACUCAUAUUCAGUACCUACGUUCAAUAUGAACCAGGGGCUUGGUACAAGCCCUGGUCUCAGCUACUCUCCAUAUCUUACACCCAUGACCUCUAUGAGCCAUGGGAUGAGCCUGAUGCCCACCGAGAUGCUCCCCAGUACCCCAGUGAUGGUCCCUGGAAGCCCCGGUGUCACAGUCCAGAGCUCCAACUCGUCCUCCUCUUCCCCCUCACAGAAGCUGCUGCGCACCGACAAACUGGAGGUGUGUCGCGAGUUCCAGCGGGGGAACUGUGCGCGAGGCGAGACUGACUGCCGCUUCGCCCACCCCAGCGACAGCCCCAUGAUCGACACCAGCGACAACACGGUCACCGUCUGCAUGGACUACAUCAAGUCGCGCUGCUCCAGGGAGAAGUGCAAGUACUUCCACCCCCCUGCACACUUACAGGCCAAAAUCAAAGCCUCUCAACACCAGGUCAACCAAUCGGCCGUGGCAGCCCAGGCAGCAGCUGCAGCCAUGACUCAGUCGACUGCCAAAGCAAUGAAGCGACCCCUCGAGGCAACUGUAGACCUGGCGUUCCCCCAUGGUUGCCUGCAGCCCCUACCAAAGAGACAAGCACUGGAGAAGAGCAACGGGGCCAGCUCCUUCUUCAACCCCAGUAUGUUGCACUACCAGCAGGCUCUGGCCAAUGCACAGCUCCAGCAGACGUCUGCGUUCUAUCCCACAGGCAGAUAUAUCAGUGCUUCCAGAUUACAUCAUCCAGGGUCAGUGUUUUGCAUGUCUCCUGCUACCGGCAUUGUACCCAUGAUGUACAGUGCUACGCCUGCUACUGUCUCUGCAGCAACUACUCCUGCCACAAGUGUCCCCUACGCAGCAACAGCACCAGCCAAUCAGAUCAUCCUCAAGUAACCUACAAGAAAGGAACAGAGUGUCAAGACGCUCCCCUUAGAGGCCCUAAACAGCCCUUCUGUAAAUACUACUUUUGCUCCACACGAGAACUACAGCAACCUGCAUGCUGAGAAGAAGAUUACUGAGGAAAUUUAGAACAUUGAGCUAUGUUAAAAUAUACAAAUUAUAUACCUGUAUUGCUAGGACUAAUAUCAUUACUGAUAUGUAAAUUACUGAUUUAUUAUAUGUAUACACACAUGAUUGGAGAUUGUGAAGAUUUAAUCGUAAAGGUAUUCAACAAUGACUUUUAUUUCCUUUUUAAUGUUUUGUUAAAAGUGCACAACACUCAUCUAAUUCAAAUGUAAUUUUUUUAGCAGAAAAUGAUUGUGCAUCUAAGUGCUUGAUUGCUUGUAUUUAAAACAAAGACCAUUGGAAAGCGCUCUUGUUUAUACACCGUAUACAAAUUGCAUUUGGCUUGUGAGUGUCCUUCUUGCUCUUGUAAAGGACGAAUGUGACAGAGGAUAGCAUGUUGUUGUUUACCUUGUGGUUAUUCUCUGAGUACAGGAUCACUGCUCCCCCUCCUGGUGUGCCUUGGCCUCUCUACGGAGGAAUAACCAACUGAGUGAGCCUCAGCAAACCCAAUGUUAAUAGCAGAAAAUGAAUUAAUGUACCUUACGGCAAUGAUAUAAUCAGCCACUAAUUCCAGAAAUGAGAACGGAAUCUAGCUACCACGGUUUCCAAGUGUCUGUCUGUGGUGCACUGUUUUCUCUAUGUCUCUUCGUUCAAGGUUUUAGUUGAGCCUCGUCUUGGCAUCCAUCAAAUAAACACCAUAUACCAGAUGUAGUGCCAAUGACCUAGCAGAGUGAUGGGUGGGCUGAAAAUAAGCCACCUUAGAGGAACUGAAAAGCUGAGUGAGUGUCUGCCAAGCUGUCACAGACAUGUGAGGGGUUAGGUGGUCAUAGUGCAGAGGCCACAGACAUUAAAGAGGGAGCAGAAUGAUAAGACUUGAAAAGGAAAGACGUGGUGAUCCUUUGUUAAAAAGGCUGACAUACACGUGCAAGGAAACCUUGCGGUGACUCGAGGUCACUUAUUAAUCCUGUCUUAUUUGAACUGUAGAAGUGCCUAAAGUAAUGUACAUAACAAGCAUCUUGAAAAGGCUCUGUGUGAGAAAUAUUCAACUUUUGAGUAGAAAACCCUGCAGUUUCUCAACGUACUCCACGGCCUCGAUAAAUACAAUGAACAACUGUUUGUGUGAGGUGAAUUCAGUGCAUUGGUAGUCUUUGUACACUGGGUUAGUUUUAGUGCUUUAACCUUUCAUUUACUUUCAAGUUUCAAUAUCUGGCAGAUCGGAACAUGGCUGCUUUGGCAUGAAGUUCAGUGAUUGUUCAUUGUGUAAAAUGGUUUAGCUUAAUUCUUAAUGAGUUGAAAAUAGUUUGCAACUAAAAAGUGAUUGGAGAAGAGUUUGGAGAACCGGAUAUGUGUUGUGGUUCUAUGUUGGUAACUCAUUUGUCUUUAUAUACAACCGUCUUUACAACCAUAUCCUCGUGUUUAAUGCGUUGUUAUCAUAGUCUGUCUAGCGUCUUUCGAGUAGAAUGUAUCACAGUAAAUGUUUUAGUAGUAGGACGUAGUCACAUAACUAAUCACAUUGUGCAAUGAAACUCAUAUAACUCUACAUGUGUUUUUGUCAAAGCUUCAUUGUAUAUACAAACUGCACUUACAAACACAGACAGAUUUACCCACCAAUGCACCUGUGCAAAGUCUACACCAGUUAUUUACAGUAGGAUAUAAAAGGCAAAACUAAGCUAGAAACAUGGAACUAUUUACAAUGAUCAACAUGUAACUUUAUUUUACCUUUUGCUUAACCUUUUAUGUUUUAUUUGCUCUUGAAAAUAACCGUUAAAAACUUCACACAGGUGCAAACUAAAUCUUUCCCACAGUCUUUCAUUCUCCCUUUUCAUUUUCUGUGUGAGUGAAAUCAGUAUGCGUAAAGAAUCUCAUCAGUUUCGUGAUAUUGUCAUGGUGUUUGAUCAACUCAGACAAUCCACAGAAAACUAAAAUGACCCAUGUUCCUACCAUCUUUGUCCUAUUUCAUUACUUUUCAUUUUCUUUUCAGAAAAGUUCAUUUUUAUGUUCUGUUUGAUGGAAAUAUAUGGAAUUUACUUAUUUGUUUAACAUUAGUUAUAGAACAAUGUUGUAUUCUAUUUUAAAAUGAAUGUAACUUAUUAAGCUGAGUUUUGCUCUGCUGGCGGUUAUUCAAAUGACCUGUCCUGUCACGUUAGCCUAUGAAAAGCCGUCUGUGACCAGGGAUGGAAUGUUGGAGCUACCAAUGGCAAGCUUCCACAUCUCAUCCUUGUCACUGCCUUGUCACCUAUACAGGACAACACACUGCAGUACGAGCAAGGCUGUAGAAUUGCUUUUAUUAUGUAUAAAAACAGUUUAUUGUAUAGGUCACAGUCUACCAAAAAAAAUUAACAUUUAAGUAAAUUUACUUUUCAUUGUAGUACGGUAUAAUUUCAUAACUAUAUUAAUUUGUCUCUGUGGCAACCUAAAGUUGCAAUGACGGAAGCUAUGUAUUUUUGUAAAUUAUGUAAUUGUUACGUUUUCUAGAGCACUGUAACACACUAGAUUGUAUUGCCAGAAUCUGAACAUUUCCUAUUUUAUGGCAAAAUUAUAUACGACAAUAUUUUCAGUAUCAUAAUGCCUUUGUAUUACAGUAGUAUAUUCCUUUUGCAUUUGACAGCCUACCCAUGACACUUAAAUGUCCCUAAAUACAUGCUCUAAUCUAUUCUACCAAAAAUGAGCUCUCUAAAGUCCUCUUACAAAGCAUCCCUAGACUCAUAAAGGCAAGGGGAAACUCAAAAAGAUGUGUUUUGAUGGUUGUUCAGCUGUUUAGAAUUGCACUUUGUUCCCAGAAUAAAGUUAUUUUUACACUGCAGAAAAAGUAUGUUAAACAUGUAGUCAUGGGUAUGGCUAGUCUGGCAGUGAUACUCUUAAAUUAUUUCAAUUGUUCACUGAAGGCGUCUUUCACAACAACAAAAAAUGCUCUUUGAAAACGGAUGUUAAUUUUAAUGGUAAUUUCAACUCAAGUUCUGCUAAAUGUUUCCAAUGUUAUUAUAGCUAGAUACAGCUGUACCUGAAAGUUAGUUGAGAUUUUAGACCACCCAAUCAAAAGAGUUGAACAGUCAGAAUGUGUUCACUUUUACUGACCCAAUGGUAACAUGAUUCCUACCCACUGG